AUGUUGUGGAUUUUGAAGCUUUCAGAAUGGUUUUGUGCCGGUGCUCGUCAAGGUUUCUCCAGGGCAAUCUUGCUGUGUGUCAAUGCUGCUAUUCUGUUGUGGUUCUGGACAGGCAAUUUGAAAUAUGUUCCUAGGGAAGAUGCCAUUGAACCUCAAAAGUAUGCGUUGCAAAUCAUUGACCUGAAUGCGGAGAACAAGAAACAGCGUCGUCAGUUGGUUCCCAUCAGUGGAUAUGUCCCAUAUGGAGGAAAUCUCGUGGGGGAAACCCCCUUUGCACUUUUUGGAUUGUCUGUGGCCAUGGACGAGACAGGGGCAACAAUCGUGGUCCGCGAAGAAGGAACUGGCACUAUUUUUGUCUAUGAGAACACUUCCAAUGGAUGGACCCAGAAAGGACAAGACUUGACCGGUUUUCCUCUCUGGUCUUUUACUUUUGGAUCUGGUCAUUCAGUCGCAAUAUCAAGAGAUGGCAGCAUUGUUGCUGUGGGCUCUUCAGCCACUCAAGAUGUCGUGGUGUUCCAGUAUGACACAAGCACAGAGAUGUGGUUGCAAAGAGGAAGUACAAUUCAAGGUGUUGAGUUGGAUGGCACUCCAAUUUCUGCGUCGUUUGGUUGGGCCAUCUCUAUGUCAGGAGAUGGAAACAAAAUAGCAGUUGGGGCUCCGCAUCAUGAUAGCCCAACUCUACGCAACAUUGGGUUUGCAACAACCUACUUAUGGAAUGGCAACAUCAAUGACUGGGAGCGUGGGCUUUAUGAGGCUGGCAUCACCGUUGUUUCUGGACUGUACGGCGAAAUUGCAGAUGCAUACUUGGGGUCAUAUGUAUCAUUAUCUGGAGAUGGCAUGUUGUUUGCUGUUGGAAUGCCCGGAUCUAGUGCCUCAUAUUCUGGCUCCACGAGGUUUGGUGAGUGCCGUGCUUUCUACAAUGAUGGCAGAGUUAUCAAUCAAAGAUUUGUUAAUGCGGGAGCGAUGUUUGGAUCCACUGUCAAUGACGACUUUGGCCAUUCGGUGGCUCUAAACUAUGAUGGAAGCAUCAUUGCAAUCAGUUCUCGUCGGUUUGAUGUGGGUGGGACUGGAAGAGUUGGCAAGGUGCAGGUCUUUGAAAGAACUGACGAACGAUGGAUCCAGUUGGGAAGUGAUCUCAUUGGGGGCGAACAAGGUGAUCAAUUUGGGCACUCUAUUGGUUUAUCCAAUGAUGGCAAAACCCUUGUAGCUGGAUCUGGACCUCUCUUCCCAGGAAGAGUCCCUGGUUCUUACACUCGCAUCUACAAGUUUGAUGGCACUGAUUGGGUCCUUGAAGAGAUCAGCAGGGCCCAAGGUUUUGAUAUUGAUGUAAAUGGGGAUUAUGAUAGGUUGGGAUGGAGUAUUGCUGUGUCUGGUGAUGGGACUAAAGUCCUUGUUGGAGCACCCUUGUAUGAUGGUUCUGACAGAGAUAAUGGACUUGUCCAAAUGUGGGGACAAACUGACUUUCCCACAUUUUCUCCUAUCCUGAAUCCUUUGCCUCAAGUUGGCGACCUGGGCACUGGAGGAAGCCCCACACAGACCAAUUAUGUUAGUAGGGCGUUUGCUUGGUGGCAGGGUGCAGUUGCCUAUUUGGAAGGUUUUUUGUUUAAAUAA